CUUAAUUAACUGGCAAAAUCCCUCAAAGAACUUGGGUUACUUGAAUUUGCUAAUAGAGGCAGUGCCUGAUUUUGACAGCAACGUUAAUGUGAGUAUGAGCUUUGACAACAAAAGUGGACUCUGUGGAGGAAUACUAGGAAGCUGUGAUGAUGAGAGUCUAUUUGACAGAUCAUUUUGGUAUAGUUUUAUUAUUGGUGUUGUUUUUGCAGCAGCUUCUUUCAUGUAUUACUGUGCACCCUGGACAGAAUUCCAGAAGAGGAGGAGUAAUGUUAUAUACCCCUUAAGAAAGAAGCAGAACCAUCAAAAGUACACUAGAAAAGUAGCUGAAUUGCUACCUCUGGCCUUGCAAGAGAAAAGAAGCAAAGAGCUUUCAAGAAUGUUGGAGAGAUUGAUUCCCAGAAUGGGAUUCACAGAACUAUGCAAGGCAACUGAUUACUUUAGCCAAGACAACAUAUUGGGGCUAGGAACAACAGGGAUUAUGUACAAGGCCAAGGUACCUAAUAACACUUUUCUAGCAGUUAAGAGACUAUAUGAUGCUGAUAAGUACAAGAGGGACUUCGUGCUUGAGACAAUGAUUCCGGGGAGACACAGUCACAGAAACAUAGCUUCUCUGCUUGGAUUCUGCAUAGAGAAAAAUGAAAGGAUUUUGGUUUAUAAUUACAUGUCAAAUGGUAGACUCAGUGAUUGGUUACUACAUUCUGAUGAAGGACAUCAAACUCUGAUAUUGGGAUGGCCUGAGAGGAUUCACAUUGCACUUGGGCUAGCAAGAGCUUUGUCCUGGCUCCAUAAAAAGUGCAAGAUAGUCCAUCUCAAUCUAGGUUCAGAGUGUGUCUUGCUGGACAAUAAUUUUGAACCGAAAAUUUCUAAUUUUGGUAAAGCCAAAUUCAUAAACCAAAUGCUUGAAGAUCAUGUAAGGAUGAGACUGGUUUUGAUUGAGAAGGAUGUGUAUGACUUUGGAAUUAUCCUUUUUGAGCUUAUAACAGGGAGAAGAUUAUGUCCAUGGACUGAUUCUUGUGACAGAGUAGAUGGCUCUUUGAUGAACUAUAUUAGCAAUAAAUUGUUCACUGAUUCUAUGGAUUUUUCUGAUGUCGUUGAUAAAUCUAUCACUGGUAAAGGUUUUGAUCAUAAAAUCCUUCAUCUCCUAGAAGUUGCAUGUGAUUGUGUUAAGCCUUCCAUAGAGCAAAGGCCAAAGAUGGUUGAUAUCUACAAAACUAUAAGUGCCAUGUGGGAGGGCUAUAGGCCCUGGUUUGAUUCUGAAAGGCUGAAACUAUCUAUGGUUUGCCCUGAUCAGAUGAUAUGUGGCAAUGAAAUAGAAUGUAUUUGUUGA